AACAACAUCUCUUGGUGGCAUUUGAGCUGUUAAAAUCAACCGGUAGUGUCUCCAACAUGGAACAGGCGAGGGAGAUGUGCUUCUUCAUAUCAGGCCAAGAGGCUCUAGACGAUGCUCUCGGUGAACAAGUGAAAUAUGUUAAGGGUCAACCAGAGAGGGAGCAAGCGUUUCACGACUUCGUGAGAAAGAUCAAGGAGCAAGCCUCUAUAGCAGGUAAGAAAGCCAAGUUGGAGGGCAACCACCAGGCCUGCCAGAAUAUCUUGAGAUCUUGUUUGCACAACAUUUGCUCACUCAAGGAAUGGAUCUGUCACAGAAGCAACGACCUGGUUGUUGAGUCAGAGACGAUCAAAGAAUCUUUGCGAAGAAUCGACAUUAAACUUGAAGAGUACUGGAGGGAAAGCAAGAAACAAAGAGAAAAGGCUCUCACUGAAGUUGAAGAAGAGUUGAUGGAUUGCAUGGGUAAUGUCAUUAGAAAGAUGAGGACAGCUCUAGCCAACGAGACGAAAAGCAUGAAGGCUUUUAACAGCGAUUUCUACGAACACGGAGUGACCGUUGUGCAUGACUGGUACGCAAAUAUCAUCAAGUCUUGUCAACGCACCACGAGAAUGGUCUGUGAAGAAUACUCUCGAGAUCUCCUCGCCACAUACAAGAAAUGCUUCCAGGAGUUUCCUCACAUACACCCGACGGCUUUCAUUGAGGCGUUGCAUGAAGAAAUAUUUCCACUGGACCAAGACAGCAACGAGAACAAAGUACCAUCACAGAAAAGAGUAGAUCACCUGCUUCGGGGGGUCACCGACAAAGGGCUAAUUGCAAUGUUUGCAACUACAAGAAAGCAUGCUGAGGAUGUCGAUGUUCAGAAUUCAUCCAGUCGAAAGGAGUCUCAGCGAAUGGCGGCAGGAGCAAGCAUUCUGUUCCUUCGAAUUCGCCGAUGGCUAAUGGCAGCAGUGGAUAGCCAGCUUCUGGACAAGUUUGAGGUUGAGAGAAUGGAAGGUCUCGAUGAAAUCAAACAGUCCUGCAAAACUGAUGUCGAACAAUUCUGUGAUAUGACGGACGUUUACUACGACAACCACAUUACCAAUGCCCUUAGACUGCCAUACCGAAAUGAGUCAGACGAACGGAAGCAAGGACUUCAGGAUUUGCACAACCUUGGACAUCUCGUCAUUGACUACAGGCAAGAGGCAGAAGAAAUCAUGGGGAAAUGUGGGCUGGAGCACUCCGUGGGAUAUGAUACAGUCAUUUCGAAAACAAAAUAGCCAUGAACCUCCCACCAAUUGCAACAAUUUAAACUGUUUAAAUUUGUAUAUGCACCUAAUAACAUGUAAAUAGUUCUAAACAUGUUGUGGUCAGGGAAUUGUGACGUAGCCAUGGGACAACUUUUCUGUUUGUGGUGUACACAAAUGUAAAAGUGCCUUUUCCCUUUAGGCACUACUCAAAAUAUAUUACGAAUUGUAUAUUAAUAUAGGUUCUCUAAAAAGAAAAUAACAUCUUGAAUCAUAUAUUUUGACAAAUUAACAUUUUAAUCAUUUCCUUAUAAUUAUCCUAAUUUAAGUGCCCAUAGGUAUAGUAAUUAUAACUUUCAUAUUCAUGACUGUAUUAUUUUGUGUCAGAUAUAGUUCAAACUUUCCCCAUUCUGCAUCUCGGAUUCCUUGCUUUCUUUUAAAGUAGAUGUCUAUUAAGGUUGAUUGACAUGUACACUGUGAGGUUUUCUUAUGUAUCACAACAGCUUGGUGUUAAUUUGUUUAGCUAUUUCUCAUUAUAUAUCGAAUAUGAGGGAAUCUGAAGAGUAAUCUUUUUUUUUUUCAAGGGAAUUUUCUGAUCUGGUAGUCUUUCCAAAGAAUAUAGAGAGAAUGAAAACAUCACAAUUUCAUUUUCAUCAGUACCAGAAUAUUAUCUUAUCUUUAAGUUCGUGAAUGUUGUAUCAUUUGCCUUAUUUUCCUGACGCAUGUCAGGUAGACUUUGUAAAUACAUCGCAUUUUAUAAAUUCCAUAUGCAUUUGAGCGCUUGGUGGAUAACAAAAGUCAAUAGACUUCAUCGGGUCGUCCAAGUAUUUGUUCCCCUUUUAAAUACAAUAUUAUUGUUUGGGAAUUAACAAUAACUUUUAUUUUGAGAAUGAACAAUGUACAUGAAUAAACUAAAAUGCGACUCGGUACUAUAUACACAUGUUUCACUAAUAGAUACACCCCAAAAAUAUCUUGAUUUCUAUAAUAGCAAAGUGGGAUUUCCUUUACUUUACAUUUACAAAAUGAGAAGAUCAUGAUAAAGUCAAUGUUUAGUACUUGCAUUGAAUCUUCAUAACAAGAAAUCAUAUUUGAAAAUGAUUGUAAAUAUGUAAUAGUGAUACCAUAUUAUGUUGAGCCACAGUUUUGAAGGACCACAUGUUCAUAUACGGUAUAGCGCUUACAGUGCAUUUUUGUGCUUUUCAUUUGAAAUAAUGUAAUACAUUGAGUGCUAUACUAAUUCCAUAUCAUUACCAGUAUUGUUGUCUUUAUGACAGAAAAACUAAAUGUAUGGAAGUGAUAUAAGUUUUGAAUUUUCAUUUCACAAUGUUUACAUCACAUAUUUGUAAUUUUAUAUAGGUAAAUUUAUCAUUUUCGAUUACUUCUUUUCCAUUACUGUUAUUUUCAAUUACAAAUAUCAUAAACUACAUAUCUAAGUAUGUAAAUAUAUAUCUUUAAGAACUACAUAUCUAUAUCUAUGUCAUGUAAGAGGAAGUUACAGACACCAUUGCUAUCUAGUGGUGUAUUAUAUUGUAUAUGAACGGAAAGACGUCUUUCAUUUUUGUAAAAAAAUGUCGGUAAUGGUUUCAACAAUUGUUAUUCAUAACUGUGUCCUGUACGAUAAAAAUGAGCGUGUAAUAAAUCUACUUAUUUUGACCGAGGGAAUUUGCAUAACUCAUUACAAUAUCAAUGACUUAUGAUUUUAGUUGCCAACAUUUACAAAAAGGUAUAUGCAAACGGUUUUAUCUUCCCAUAGAGUUUUGUUGAAUCGUUGAAUUAAUGUAAAGUUUACUCAAUUGUAGCAAAAUAAAAUGUAUAUGAUUUUUGUUCAUGAGGUAAUCGGAAUGCAUUGAAAUUGAUAGGUAUAUUAAAUACUGUUUAUUAGGUUAAUAAAACCAUUGUAACUCUGAUUAUGCAAAUGUAUGUCGUAUUCAAAUUAUAUCGUAAAAUGAUAAAAAGCUAAUACCAGCAUGACUGAUACGUUAGUAGUUAUUGCUUAAGUAAUUUUCAUACGUAAGUGCAUACUUUUCAAUAGAUUACAUUGAAUAUGUCUACUAUAUCGAUUAUAUUGUGAGGUUUGGGUUACAUGGUAUUUUACAUUUUACAUUAAAAAUAGCUUCUAGUACAGUUUUACAUACAGUUGCAUUAUAUCUCAUAGGUCUGCUAAACCUGAAAUAAAGACAUACUUUUAAAAUGGUAGUAUCUUCAUGAAUGUUAUUUUGAAUACAAUCAAUUAAUCAAUAAAACAACAUCUUAAAUGCAAGUAUAAAUGGAUUUUACCUCAACAAUAAAAUGAGUUGAUCGAAAAGCCAAGCAUUCUAUUUCUCUUCUCAGCCUUUGCUUGAAAGCAUUAUAAUGAAAAUCGAGAAAUCAAUAUAUUCACACUUAUGACCAACAAAAUAAUAUUCAUUUUAAUUAACGUAUAGAAUAGAUGUCAGUCCAGCAUAAUUAUAUUCGAAGUUUCCUUUUAUUUUUAAAUAUUGGUUCAUGACUAUUCCUGUAUCUUUUGUAAAUAUAUUUUGUUAACAUCACUUUAUUGUUCGAACUUGCACAACAAGGGAGAAGACACGAUAGCCCAGGACAAUUCCAUUUUACUGGAAAUUGCAGGGCAUUAAAAGUACAUACAGUGUAUAAUGUUAUAUAACAUCGACAAAACAAAAAUUAACUAAUUUUACAACAUAGUGAAGACUGAGGAAUUUGGGAUAUUCCUAGCUAUAGAUGAAAGAAGAGGAGCUAAAUAUUGAAAUUUUAUUUGAUAUAUCAACUUAAUAAAUAGGAAGCAUACAUAAUAAGUAUUAUAAGAGUUUUAUUUGAGUUAAUGUUUAAUACAAAGAGGAUUUUGUCA